GGGCAGGGGGCACGGACGCGCUUGCGCAGAGCAGGGCAGCGCCCAGGAGCAACCGGGACUGCAGGAGCUGAUACCUGGAGUUCAGCCCCUGGCGCUCGCCCCUUUUAGAUGCUUCCGGCCCGGCUGCUCCCCUUGCUUCGUGCCCCCCUGCAGCUGCUCCCCCGCCUGGCCUCUUCCACCCCCAUGGCUGGGGAAAAGUCGGUGGAGGCGUCCAUCCGCUCCAAGCUGCAGCGGGAGCUGGAGCCCACCCAUCUGGAGGUGCAUAAUGAGAGCCAUCAGCACGCUGUGCCCCCCGGUGCCGAGACCCACUUCAAGGUGGUGAUCGCCAGCUCCCGCUUCGCCGGCCUGCCCCUGCUGCAGCGCCACCGGCUGGUGAAUGAGAUCCUGCAAGCUGAGCUGGCUGGCCCCAUCCAUGCCCUCUCCAUCCAUGCCAAGACCCCGGAGCAGUGGGACCAGAACGCCGGCGUGAGCCCCAGCCCUGCCUGCCUCGGCGGCUCCAGGCACGACCCGCACGUGGCUGAGAAGCUGGGGAGCCAGGGAUAGCCUGAGGGGGCAGCAUCAGUGGGGAACUGGGGGGUUGGUAACUGGAUUAUAGGCAUUGCGCUGCUAUAAGGUGUGAUGCUUAUUCUGUGCCCACAGCCCUGGCUGCGUCACUGCCCUUGGGGCAUUGGCAGCAGGGAGGGUGGGGGCACCUUUGGCAGGAUGGUGACAGCCUUGUUCCUGGUAGCAGCUGACCUAGCUGCCAGAGCAUGCACACGGGUUUUUCAUGGAGGGGUUGUGCCUGUGUCCCCCCUCGCUGUGUUGAGCAUCCCGGCAGAGCUGGGUCGUAGUAGGGACCGAGUGCCGUGAUGUCCUUCCAGCUCUCAGCACCACGUGUUGAAAUGGGGAGGGGUGGGGGGUCUUUGCACUGUGAAUAAAGCCUGUGCUCCAUCAAGCCGUGGGGAAC